AUGGAUUCGGCACCUAGAGUUAGAUUUCAGAGGCUUCAAGUACUUGGGAGGAGAGCAGUUGAACAGGUACUCAAGACAUCAUUUUCUAAGGAGCAGAUCAAGCAAUGUUACCCGCAUAUCAUGGAAUCAGAGGCAGGCGCAGCGAAAUUGCAAACUGGGGUAACCCGGCUUCAAGAAUAUCUUCAUGAUAGCACAGUGACUGAGUUUAAUCACAUAUACGAAGAAAACUCUUUGCCGCGACAAUUGGAUGAGUUGGAUGAACUAAUAUAUCUCGCUCAGGAAAGGAAGCGGAGAGGCGGAUAUGUAAACGAAGAGAAACAAGUGCAGAUUGAUAAAUUGUCUGCUGAAAAUAUCAUGAGCUCGAUAGUGCUAAGUGAAAAGGAAGAUGUAUUAGGAAAGCUCAAAUUGAUUUAUGAACAGUUGUGCAAAGACAAUGACGAUAUGCUCCAAUCAUUAGAUGAGAAAUCAAAGGAGAAUGAAACUCUUUCAAGCAAGGUGUUCGAAGUCUGGGACCCCAUACUACGCCAGAAAGAGGUGAUACCAAAAGAGCCAGUUAAUAUUAACAAGUCUUUAUUCAACAAAACGGACUAA